AUGACAGACCUCUUUGGUGAAGAGCCGUUCUAUGCCGUACAGGCGGAGGACCGCUCGGGCUGGAUCUUUGGCCCGCUCUUCUACACAUGGAUUGGCGACCUCAUGCAGCGCGCGGCGCGAGAGGAGCUGAGCGCGGAUCGGCUGCCGCGCCCCAUGCGGGAGUACCGCGCCUACAACGCCGGCGUCGCACUGUCCGCGGAGCUGCAGCGUCAGCGGGCGCGCCGCCAUGCGUGGGACGGCUACGUGGGCGCGCGCGUCGGGGUGCUCUGGGAUGACGCCAGCGACGGCGUGCUGCGCUGGGUGGGUGCGGUGCAGCAGUACGGCACGCCGCGGCAGCUGUACGCGGGCGUGGAGUGGCGCGUGGCCCCGUCGCGGCGUCGUGGCGGCUGGGCUGGCCGCUGCAUGCGCCGGCUGGUGUGUCGCCGAGGCCGCAGCCCUGUCCCCGAGCACGGCCCGGGGGCGUACCACCGCGGCGAGGUGGAUGGCGAGCACCUCUUCGACGCUGUGGAGGACGACACGGUGCUGACGUGCGAGCUGGUGGAGCGCGAGGGAUCUGCAUUCAAUGUGUUGGUGAGGUCGCUGAGCAAAGGCGCCCAGCAGGUAUUUUACACGGUAUUGAAUGAAGGUGGUGGUGUGCGAAGUCGAACAUGGCCGACGCUGCGCACAACGAUUUUGUGA